UACACUCUUUUGCAGCUGCUCGUGCCUGGAUUUUGCCAGCUGCUCGCCUCAUCUUCACAGGCCGCGAAAGAUUUUGCAUUAUUUGCACUUUUCUUCCCGUUAUAACAAUAUUACAAUAAUAUUCAGCCGUUUCUAGUCUUCAUUGAUAUUUGGUAAGCCCGCCGUUUGAGAAUUCUGCCGUUAUUUCCCAUCGACAAUUACGAUGCCUAGUCUGAAGUCCAUAAAAUCAAAAUACGACAUGAAUCGAUUGCUGCGGGAAGCUGGAGCCAAACUGGUCAUUUCUAAAUUUUAUUCGUCAUCGUCCGUUGAUGAGAUCGCGGUACCUUAUCAUCACUUAUCUCGCACGUACGCGAAUGUCGUCCAGUUCGUCAAGGUGGACAUGGACAAGGCUGAUGAUAUCCAUCAGGAGUACAACGUUACGGCCACUUCCUCUUUCGUGAUAUUCAAAGAUGGAAAAGCCAUCGACCAGAUCCAAGGAUACAAUGCGGGAACGCUGGAAGCCGCCAUCCAGAAACAUUCCAGUUUUUUUGCUCCCUACCAGUUUAAAACUCACGAAGAAAUGAUUGGCUACCUACAGAAGACAGCUCCGUUUCCCAUUGCAUACACACCAUUGUUAACCAGCAGUCUGCUCUCCGUCUUCAGCUCCCGAUUCCGUGGAAUUCGUAUUGCUUUGAUUUUGCUGAUACUGUUUUCGUCCUUCGGAUCCGUCGAUUGUCCUACUCUGGAAAAUAUUAAAAUGAUCCUGAUUGCAUUCACGGGCUCGCACGCUUCAAGUGCCAUAAACGAUUUAUAUACCUCGUGGAAGACUUCGGAUUUAUGGAAAAUUAUUCUGAACUUCCUGUUAGUUGCCGGCUUUCCGAUGUUGUGCAUUCUAAUGCACGCCGGCAUUAAAUAUUUCUAUUUUUCGACCGUUAAUCCUGUGAUUUUUAAUGGAACUUCUCUUCCGAUUUCCAUUACGUUUCGUGGUCAGAUUGGACAAAAUCGACUUAGGUGCCGGUUCGGUGGUUUGAAGAUCAAAACUCAGUUUAAAAUCCGCGCCCUUAGCUUCUGGCUGUUGCCCGGACGUACUUUCCGGGAUAAUUUGCCGUUUGUGAGAUGCUCGAUGCGCAUUGUACUGUGUGACGGCCUGCAACCAAAAAGACUUACUGAUUUUAUAAUUAUGGAAAGAUCUGUGUCAGCCAAGGUUUGCCAUUCGGGUGUUCUGUACGGAUCUCGAGCCAAAAAAUGGAGCGUGGUUUUGGAAAGAAAGGCGCCAUACUGUACCACUGAAUCGGAGGGAAAUUUCAGUGACGAUGAGUAGCAUUAGAACCGAAAGUAUAUGGAAUUAAGCAUGCGCAAGGAUUAUGGACCCUACUCGAAUAGGACCUGGCCGUCGAACGUGUUCGUAAGGGAAUAGGUUUACUAAUUUUCUUUUGAAUGUUUGAAUUUCGUUGUGAAAAUGUCGAACAACAAUUUCAAGUUGCGCGAAGCUUUCUUGUAGUUGAAUACUGUUGUCCCUCUUUUUACAAGGUUCGCGUCUUCCUUUGAAUGCUGUCUGAAGACUCAUGUGCGUCCUGUUUCGUUUUUAUGAACUUCGGUAACUCAGUUGACGAAAAAUAAAAAGCUACAAAAGCUAA